AUGGCACCUCGCAGGCAGAACCGAAAAUACGACAUCGUCGUCCUAGGCGCCACAGGCUACACGGGUCAGUUGACGGCUGAACACAUUGCCUCGAACCUGGCAACCAACAUCAAAUGGGCCGUCGCAGGCCGAUCUGAGUCCAAGCUACAGGCUAUAGUUGAGGAUUGCAAACAACACAACGCGGACCGCCCCCCACCAGGCAUUGAAAUUGCCGAUAUUGGUGACGAAGAAGGCCUCAAGGCUCUUGCCGUCAAGACCAAGGUGCUCCUGUCGACUGUUGGCCCUUACUGCAAGUAUGGCGAAAAGGUCUUCAAGGUCUGCGCCGAGUCGGGCACUCACUACUUUGACGUGACUGGGGAGUCUGUGUGGGUGGGCAGCAUGAUAAAGAAGUACGAAGAUGCCGCAAAGGACUCUGGUGCCAUCAUGGUUCCGCAGAUUGGCGUUGAGUCUGCUCCCUCUGACCUGACCACCUGGCUGCUCACCGAGCAUGUUCGCGAUGAGCUAGACGCCGAUACCAAGGAGGUUACUAUUUCCAUUCACAAGCUCAAGGGAACGCCCUCUGGUGGCACUCUCGCCACAGUCCUCGGUCUCUUCGACGUCUUUUCACUCUCUGAGAUUCGUGCCGCAUUCUCGCCAUAUGCCCUGUCGCCGACUCCUCACGCGGAGAAACCCGAAAGACAGAGCCUUCCUCUUGCGCAUGCACUUUUCGGCUCUCACUACGAUGCGCAUCUCGGCCGCCUGACGACUUCGUUGGCCGAUUCAACUGACGCUGCUAUUGUGGAACGUACCUGGGGUUUGCUGCCCCAGAUCCCAUCGCGCAGUGCAGAAUUUUACGGAGACAAGUUCGUGUGGAAGCAGUACAUGAGAGUAGAUAGCUGGUUUCAAGGCUUGUUCGUGCAUUGGGGCCUGCUAUGGGCGUCCGUCGUGCUCGCACUGCUGCCACCAGUGCGCACCUUGCUGAAAAGUCUCGUCACUCAGCCAGGAGGAGGCUCCGACGGUCAUGCCAGAUCGAAGGAGCUGCUCGAGUACCGAGGCAUUGCGGUGCCCGAUGAUGAGGAAACAACGCAAAAAGCUUUCGCCAAGGCACGAUACGAUGGCAGCCCCUACGUUUUGACAGGAAUUCUGCUUGCAGAGGCCGCUGCCACCGUGCUGCAGGAUGAUGUCAAACUUGACGGCGGCAUCUACACCCCGGCUUGUCUCGGGCAGGCCUUUAUCGACCGGCUUGACGACGCUGGAUUCCAUUUUGAGGUCGAGACUUUGGAAAAAUAG